AUGGAGCAACAAGUUACCAUUCAUUCUUCUUGUGAGAAACCUUAUAGGUGUCAAGUAUGUGAUAAACGUUUUCGGAGAAAACAACAUUUAACUAGCCAUGAAGCAGUUCAUUCAUCGUUGCGUCCGCAUAUAUGCGACAAAUGCGAUAACACGUAUAAAAUUAAGCAACAUCUAAGUCGCCAUUAUAAACUUCGACAUUCUGAUUCUAAGAAACCUUAUAAGUGCCAAGUAUAUGAGAAACGUUUUAGUACAAAACACAAUUUAACUACCCAUGAAGCAGUUCAUUCAUCGUUGCGUCCGCAUAUAUGCGACAAAUGCGAUAACACGUAUAAAAUUAAGCAACAUCUUAGACGCCAUUAUAAACGUCGACAUUCUAAUUCUGAGAAACCUUAG